AUGGUAUGGGUGAGACUCCCAGGCCUGCCAUCGGAGUUUAUCAACAAGGAGGCCGCGGAACGAAUUGCAGGAAGAAUAGGCCGACCGAUCCGUGUAGAUCACGCUACACAAAUAGGCGAGAGAGGUCGUUUUGCUAGAGUUUGCGUGGAGGUUGAUCUGUCAAAGCCUCUCCUCUCGCAGUACAAAAUCGAGGGUAUUACCUACUACAUUGAAUAUGAAGGUUUGCAUCAAAUUUGUUCGGAGUGUGGGAAGUAUGGACACUCCAAGCAAGCAUGCCCUACCAUCAGAAAGGAAGUGGAGAAUGAAGCUGAAAGUGUAAUGUUGGAGGGGAUGGAAAUUCCAGUGCAAACUCCAAAACCCUUGUACGGGGAGUGGAUGAUGGUCAAACCUAGAGGUAAGGCCAAAAAACAAACACAUAAUAACUCGGGUGAUUCUGCAAAUCCCUCACAAAUCCCGCAGGAGAGGAAGGCCAGCCAACAAAAGAUGGCGGGUUAG